AUGCUUGUGAUUAUCAUUAUUUUGGGUGGUAAUGAUUAUUUUUUUCCUUAUGUUCAAACAUCAGAAGAUGAAAAUCGUCUUAUACAUUAUUUAUUUUCUGAGCAAGGUUAUAAUGCACUUGUAAGACCGAUUCAACAUUCAAAUGAAACUGUUGUUGUAUCAUUUGGUCUGUUAUUAGUACAAUUAAUUCAUGUCUAUGAAAAAGAACAAAUUAUGAAAACAAAUACAUGGUUACAUAUGAAAUGGUAUGAUUCACAGUUACGAUGGAAUCCUGAUCGAUAUGGAGGUAUUCGUCAAAUCAGUGUUCCUUUUACAAAUGUUUGGACACCAGAUGUUGUUUUAUUCAAUAAUGCUGAUGGAAAUUAUGAAGUACCAUUUAAAUCAAAAGUAAUUCUUGUACAUACAGGGGAAGUUCAAUGGGUUCCACCAGCUAUCUAUAAAUCUUCAUGUCGUAUUGAUGUUAAAUUUUUUCCAUUUGAUACUCAAGAAUGUGAAAUGCGUUUUGCAUCCUGGACGUAUAAUGCUCGAGAAGUAACAUUUGCAAAUUAUCCUGAAGAACAGGAUAAAACAGUUGAAAUAAAUACAUUAUUACCACAACAAGCAAUCAGUGUAAAUAGUGAUGAAAAAUAUAAAGACGAUUAUCUUGAAAGUGGCACAUGGGAUGUUAUUAGUAUUCCAAGUAAAUUUGUUCAUUAUCGUUCAAAUGCUUCAAGUUUAUCACCUGAUUAUAUUGAAAUUGUAUUUUUAAUUAAAAUGAGUCGUAAAACAUUAUAUUAUACAGUAAAUUUAAUUGUUCCAACAGGUUUAAUGGGUAUUCUUAUAUGUAUUGUAUUUUGUUUACCAACAGCAGCUGGUGAAAAAAUGACACUAUGCAUGUCAAUACUCUUAGCAUUAAAUCUUUUUCAACUUCUCGUUACAAAAAUUUUACCACCAACAUCAGCUGUUGUUCCAUUAAUAGCUAAAUAUUUACUUUUUACAUUUACACUUAAUGUUCUUGUUAUUGUGAAUACAGUAAUUAUAACUAAUUUCUAUUAUCGUACACCAAUGACACACGCAAUGCCUCAGUGGUUACGACGUGUUUUUUUACAUAUACUUCCACGUUUAUUAUGCAUGGAAUCACCUAUACUUCGAGAAAAACGUGAAGAAUAUGAACUUUCAUUAGCUGUUAGAAAUAUUCAACAAUCAGUUGUUCUUGAAAAUCCUAUUCAUACAAUAAAUGAAACAAUUAAUAGAAAACAAAGAACAAGACCAAAACAUACAGAUAAGGUAAUUUUCUAA